CUUCUAUAAAUAUUUUCCACUUACCUCCAAAAAUCGUCAGUUGUUAUUUGUACUCCUGGAGCUCCAUAAAGUCGUCGACACUAACAAAAUGAAAUUCCUCAUCGUUCUCUGUGCAGUCAUAGCCAUGGCUUGCGCCAUUACGAAGGAACAAUUCCUGAUGUACCGCGAAGAGUGUUUCAAGUCCGAAAAGGUCCCGGAAGCGGUCAUUGAGAAGUUGAAAAAUCGCGAAUAUGGAGAAGACUUGGGUCACGAAGCCAAAUGCUAUAUUCGUUGUCUAGGACUUAAGACUGGAGCAUGGGAUGAUACCCACGGUUACGAUAUUGAAAAGACCUACGAGCAUAUGACUGAGGGUGAGUUGGUAGUUACCAAGGAGAAUUUAAAGAAAUGUUUCAAAUCGAGUGGAGAUGAUGAUAAAUGCGUAUGGGCUGCCAAGGACUUGAAAUGUUUGUGGACCAACAAAUACGUCAGCAAGAAACAAUAACUUAAUUGAACAGAUUAUUUGUCAGUGAAUAUCUUGUGUGUUAUUUUCAAACUAUGUAGUGACAAGUUCUAAUAAAGUUGUCCCUUCAUCAAGA